CCUAGUGCGUUUCUCUAAGUAAAACAACAUACUAUGAUUAACGCAAGGCGUGUGGCGCUAGUUAGCGUUAGUUUGUUGGAAAUAUUCAUUUUCGGAGGAAUGCAAUUUGGCUGGUUUGCACUUGUCUUUAUUCUGAAGCAAGAAGGCGUGUUAAAAAAUCUCUGCGUUACACAACAAUUUGACAACUCAACUGAGGAGAUUUCACAUAUCGAAGAUUGUUUUCCCCAAGAUGAACAAUUCAAUUUGAUUUUUAGCAUUGGAAUCGCCAUAUUCACCGUGCUUUCGGUUGUCAACGGUCAGCUCUACCAAUCAUUUGAUAUUAAACGGAUACGUAUGAUCUAUAUAUCCAUUGGCGUAGCAGGACUUUUAUUCCUAGCUUUCACUUCUACAGUGAGCCCUUGGUUUGCACUACCCGGGAUUGUACUUGUGGGGACGGGCGGCCAGUCUCUGCUGUUAUCCGAUUAUAUACAGAUACCGGUCUCUCUUCAGAGAGGUUCCUCGAUAUAUAUUGGCCUAAUGAACGGCUGCUAUGACUCGUCCGUUCUGACGUUUAUGCUGGUAAAGGUAUGUCCUAAAAACCACAGUGUCAGGUGAGUGUCAUAAGGAUUUACAAUGUAAUUACAUGUAUUCUUAACAUCUCAUUGUUUAAACGUUUUAUAUUUGACGGCAAGUUCAACAUCUCAUCAUACAAAAACGUGAGCUAUAACG